CAUCUAUCAUCCAACAUGGCAGCUCCAGGCGGCGGCGGCGCUUACUCCUUCUCUCUUACAACCUUCUCUCCCUCUGGUAAACUCGUGCAAAUCGAGCAUGCUCUUGCUGCUGUUGCUGGCGGUACCACCUCUCUCGGUAUCAAAGCUACCAACGGUGUAGUCAUUGCUACCGAGAAGAAGGCCCCCUCCGUUCUCCUCGACACCUCUGCGCUCGAAAAGGUCGCUCCCAUAUGCCCAAAUAUCGGCUUUGUAUACUCUGGAAUGGGCCCCGACUUCCGUGUCCUCGUCGCCAAAGCCAGAAAGAUUGCGCAGGCGUACUGGAAGGUCUACGGAGAGUAUCCCCCGACGAAGGUGUUGGUGCAGGAAGUUGCGGCGGUUAUGCAGAAAGCGACCCAGUCUGGUGGUGUGAGACCUUACGGUAUCUCUGUUUUGAUUGCUGGAUGGGAUGCCCACCGUGGCCAGUCUUUGUGGCAGAUCGACCCCUCGGGCUCUUACUGGGCGUGGAAGGCGAGCGCAAUUGGCAAGAACAUGGUCAACGGCAAGACAUUCUUGGAGAAGCGAUACAACGACGAUCUUUCCCUCGAAGAUGCCAUCCACACCGCCCUCCUCACCCUCAAAGAAGGCUUUGAAGGCCAAAUGACUGAGCAAACCAUCGAAAUUGGUGUCGUCACCGUCCCCACUAUCGAGCAGAUGCAAGAGAAGCCGGGAGAGAGACUGCCUCCUACGUUUAGAAAGUUGACAGAACAAGAAGUGAGGGACUACCUUUCGUUGUAGGUGGAGUGUUGCUAUGAGCCGAAGUUAUGUAUACAAUAACGAUCCUGCUCUUCUAUGUGGAAUCAUGAUCGAUCCUCCGCCAAGGCUGCUGCCGUCAAAGCAACACUCUGCUAACCCAGCAACUUGGAAUCUUGUCAUGAAUUUUAUUAGAUACCGACUGAUGUGACAUCUGUGCC